AGUGUAUGAUUCAAGCCUUUCAUAAGAACAUCGAGUUAAAAAUCAAUGUUAUAUCCGAUGAAAUUGUCUUGUGUGGUCAAUCCUUCUUACAAGGAUCCUUGACACUUGUGCUUACAGAGUCCAUCAAAGUUAAAUCAGUUUCUCUGUCUUUUAUUGGCACAAUCAAGGUUGCAUGGUCAGAAGGUAUUUAGAAUUUGACAAGACAUUUAGUAAUGCUAUCACUAGCCUUAGGCAUAGGGCAUCACCAACAAAUACAUAAACAGGAACGUACCAUUGUCUCACAUGUUUGGAACUUUGUUCACAACAACAAUAAGCCUCAUGUUCUCAGUGCUGGACAACACAAAUGGAACUUUGAAUUGCGUUUACCGACAGAUCUACCACAGUCACUUGAAUCUGAUGUAGGCAGCAUUAGUUAUCGUCUAAAGGCCAUGAUUGAACGACCUGCUUUCAUUCAAAACACAGUCAAGAAACGACUGAUUCGUAUCAUUCAAUCCAUUCCACCUAGCUAUAGAUCACUUGAAAUCCAUCAUCAAUGGGCUGAAAAGAUCGUAUAUGAUAUUUCUGUUCCCUCCAAACGAUAUGCAUUUAAGGAGAUUAUUCCUAUUUCAUUCAAAAUUCGACCCGUUGCUUCCAACUUGAAAAUCCAUGCAAUCAUGGCAUCCUUGAAAGAAUACUCUACAUAUACAGCGAAUGAGCACAUCAAAAAGAACACACGCAUUGUUCGUCUUGUGCGUAUCGAACAUCCAUUUCAUUCUGGCAAUGACUGGCAUUGUGUAUUGGAACUUGUUGUACCGUCUAAACCACCUUCUAUAUUUGCAGAUACAAAGACAGACAUGGUCUGUAUCCGUCAUCGACUCAAGUUUGUUAUUUCAUUAACGAAUGCAGAUGGGCAUAUCUCAGAACUUCGAUGUGCUGUACAGAUUAUUGUGUCGGAAUCACUAGCUAUUGAGCCAACGUCUUUACCUGCUUACGAUGAAGCUUGUCACUCAGCUCAUGUUAGACAUUCAGAGUCUUCUUUAACAGAUACAAGAUUACUUUCUACUCAGACAGUUGAGAAUCACAGUGAACCAUCAUCAUCCUCAAGGUCGAUUGCUAUUCCUGACACAGGCCUAUUGACAGAAGAACAAGAAUCGUCUUUACAGAGCCAUCUAUGGUGGCAAGGUACUGAUUUGAGUAAAGUGCCCUCGUAUUGUACUGUGUCUAAUGCAGAAGGCUUAUCAAGUUCGCUACCGCCAACUUAUGAUUCACUCACAAGACCAAAUCCGCCUUCAUAAUAAAUAUUUAUUCAU